AUGCUGGCUUGGCCCUUUCUUCUAGCGGCGCUCACGCUGCUCCUCGCCGCGGUCCUCACACGCUACUACGAGGUCGUGUCGCUUCUGAGCGCCCCUGCGGACCACCUGAGCGACCCGCUCCCUCCUGGCAUCGGCGUGGAUGGCAUCGAGGCGUACCUCUCGGAGCGGGACGAGCGGGCGGGGCCACUGCAGCCAGGCGUGAGCUCGUGCGUGCGGUGGGCGGGCAGGCGCGGCGCGGCGACCGACGUCGCCGUCGUCUUUCUCCACGGCUGGUCCGCGUCGCCAGAGGAGAUUGACCCCGCCGACGCGGAGAUUGCCACGCAGCUGGGCGCCAACCUGGUGCGCGUGCGGCUGAGCGGGCACGGGCUCGCGCCGCCGGAGCGGGCGGGGCGCGGCCUGUGCGAGCAAGCCAAAUGCGGCGAGCUCCUCCGCGACGCCGCCGUCUCUCUCGCGCUCGGCCGGCUGGCGGGCAGGAGGGUCGUCCUGGUCGGCUGCUCGACGGGAGGGACGCUCGCGGUGUGGCUCGCCUGCCAGGCGUGGGCGAGGCCGGCCCUCGCCGCGCUCGUGCUCGUCUCUCCCGGCUUCGCCCUCUCGCUCGCCGGCCGGGCGUACGCUCUCUUCAAGUGGCCCGCGCUGCUGCUGCCGCUGCCGGCGGCCACGAGGCUGGUGCACUGCGUGGCGGGGAGGACGCACCACGUGCCGUUCGUGUCCGAGGAGCAGGCCCGCGUCUGCACGAUGGCCUACCCCUCCGAGUCGGUCGUCAACCUCUGCGCCGUCUACACGAGCGUGCAGCUCGCAGACGUCGCCGCCAUCGGCCGCGCGCGCCUGCCCACGCUAGUCUUCGCGAACCCGGCCGACCCGGUGGUGUCGUACGCGGCGAUGCGCUGCCAGCUCGCCGCCGCCGCCGCCGAGUUUGUCGACGUGCUCGACUCGGAGGAGCCGCACGUCAUCACCGGCCGCAUCUACUCGCCCUCGACGGUGGCCAGAGUCGUCGACCGCGCGAGCGCCUUCCUCGGGCGCGCGCUGGGAGAGGGCGCGCAAUGA